CUACCACAACCAACUAUAUAUAUUUUGUAAGCUUGUAGCCUACAAUGUACACCCUUGUUUUUAUGCUCUCUCUAGUUAACGUAUCCACUUCAUUACAAUGGCAACCUCAUCCCAAAACACAAAACCUCAUCAUGAUCAAUUGGAAGGUGAGUUACAACAGCUACUACUCUCCCUCCCUAAAGAUAAAUGGUUUGGUUUUCCAAUGCACCUAUAUCAGGGUUUUUGGUGUGUUGAUCCUAUCUUCGAGGGCAUAAUUGCAUCUCAAACCCACUUUAAUGCCCAAGAUACAGAUAUAAUGUUAGCCAGUCUUCCCAAAGCUGGUACAACAUGGUUAAAAUCCCUCAUAUUCACCAUUAUCAAUCGGAAAAAUAUAUCUCAUAUUUCUCAACACCCUUUGCAUUCCAAAAACCCUCAUGAACUAAUCCCUCACCUUGAGUUUAAAGUUUACAAAGAAAGUCAGCAAGACGUAGAUGAAAUACCUUCGCCUCGGCUCUUUGCUACCCACAUACCAUAUCUGGCAUUGCCUGAAUCAAUUAAGUCUUCAAAAUGUCGAAUCGUUUAUGUUUGUCGAAAUCCUUUAGACAAUUUUGUCUCAGCAUGUCAUUUUUGGCUUGAGUUUGACAGAAACAAGGGCAUUAAGCUGGAUACGGAAAUGAUAGAGGAACAUCUAGAUAAGUAUUGCAAGGGGGUAUUACCAUAUGGGCCUUAUGAAGAUCACUUGUUGGGGUACUGGAACGAGAGCAUGAAAAACCCACAAAAGGUGUUAUUCUUGGAAUUUGAAGGGCUGAAGAAGGACACAAAAGCACAUAUAAUAAGGUUAGCUGAAUUUUUGAACUGCCCUUUUUCGGAAGAGGAAGCAAAAGGAGAUGCUAUAGAUGAGAUAAUAAAGCUGUGCAGCCUUAAGAAUUUGAAAGAAAUGGAGGUCAAUAAGAGUGGAAGGGUCAAUCAAUGGUAUGAGAACAAGGCUUAUUUUAGGAAAGGGGAGGUUGGAGACUGGACCAAUUACUUGACUCUUCCAAUGGCAAAGCGUGUUAAUGAAAUCCAAGAAAAACUUGAGAACGCUGGCUUUUCUUUUGCAAAUUAUAAGAUGAACCUAUAAUAGUAUAACCUAUAAUCUGAAGCUCCAAAUUAAGGACGAGUUAUCUUUUUCUUAUAUUGUUUUAGCUCUCUCCCUCAAUAUGUAAGAUUGUAAGAGGGAAAAUACAAUGUAUGUCAACUUUUUAUUUUCGGAUGGAAUAAAAUAAACACAACUUUUCAUAAAGCCCCAACGUCAAGCCCGUAUGUUGUUGAUCUAAAUCUUAAAAGGUCAACGAUAAAAGAAAUGAUUUGAGUAAAAUUUUACC